CUCGGCUCUUAAGUUGACGAGCGACAGAAAAGAUGGACGAAAUCAGCUCUCAGGCGUGGCGUAGUUUCCCCACGGCACCCGAACGCAGCACCGGUCGGGUUUCCACAGCAACGCCUGACAACAGAAGAAGAUGGUUUACAUCACAGAGGACAUGGUCCGCCGGCGAGCCGAGCACAACGAGUGCGAGAUCUCCUCCUUGGAGGAAGUUUCUCUUCAUCAGCAGGACAUCGAGAGGAUCGAACACAUCGACAGGUGGUGCAGGGACCUGAGGAUCCUCUACCUGCAAAACAACCUGAUCCCCAGGAUAGAGAAUCUCAGCCGCCUGAAGAAACUGGAGUAUUUGAAUCUGGCCUUAAACAACAUUGAAGUCAUUGGAAACCUUGAAGGCUGCGAGAGCCUCCAGAAGCUGGACCUGACGGUGAACUUUGUUGGGCGUCUGAGCAGCGUGGAGUCUCUGAAACACAACAUCCACCUCAGAGAGCUGUUUCUGGUGGGCAACCCCUGCACCGAGUUUGAGGGCUACAGGCAGUACGUGGUGGCCUCUCUGCCCCAACUCAGGUGGCUGGACGGGACGGAGAUCAGACGGUCAGAGAGGAUUCGAGCCUCUCAGGGACUGGAGGAGGUGAAGAGGCGAGUCCUGGAGCAGGAGGAGGAAUACCUGAGGAGGAGAGCCAAGGAGAAAGAGGAGGUGCAGAGGAAGGCUGCAGGAGAGGAUGGAGGAAACAAGGAGAGGAAAGCAGGCUUCGACGGCCGCCGGUACACUGACGUCAGCCACACAGUUCCAAGGUUGGAGGAGAAUAAGGAGAACCAGGAGGUGGAGGAGAACACACAGCUGAGGACGACGAGACCCGACUUAGAUGAGGAGCAACGGGAGAGGGAGUUCUGGCACACGCCGUGUUCAUUCACCCCUGAAUCUCGACUGGAGGCUCACCGCCACCUGGAGGAGAAAAGAAGGGCAAAGGAGAAGGAGAGAGAGAAGAAACCGAAGCCCCCAAGGACCCUGAUCACUGCCGAUGGACGAGUCAUGAAUGUCAACGAGCCCAAGCUGGAUUUCUCUCUAACUGAGGACGAAGAAAACAACUCCAUUGUCUUAGACUUGGCAGUGUACAGACACAUGGACACCUCCCUGAUCGACGUGGAUGUUCAGCCAACGUACGCCAGAGUCAACGUCAAAGGAAAGAUAUUUCAGAUGGUUCUGCCUGCUGAAGUGAAGCCCGACAGCUCGACAGCCCAGAGGUCCCAAACCACCGGACAUCUGGUCCUCACCAUGCCCAGGGCUGAAGGUGAAAUCAAAGUGACAAAGACCGUCCCACGUCCACCCAGAGCAUGUCAAAACAGACGCAGCAGCUCGCCUCAGGAUCAUAAAAGAAAAAAUAACUUUCCUGAGCGGCUGGAAGUGGACCCCAGCAAGCACACAGCCCUCGACCUCGCCAACAUCGUACCACGCCAGAGCACCAAAGAGGGUCCGCUGGAACCAUCCAGGACGGCUCCCCCUGCCGCCACAGUUCACAGCAGCUUCUCGGAUGGGUUUGUGGAUGACCCCGAUGUCCCCCCACUCAUAUAAGACUUUAAAAAAUAACAUCGGCUGUUUAGGCAACUGUUCCCAAAGCCUUGUUUCCGAAGCGUUCAACUCUGUAGCACAAAAUCAGCCAAAAUUAAGUGAUACAUCAACCUGGUUGCUAAAGGCGGGAACGCUGUGAAACUACCGAUACAGUAGGUACAAAUGUAAAGGUCUUCCAGGGGUGUUUGAAAGAUCUUGAGAAAAUAUCAACCAGAUUCACAGCGUUUCGAACCAGUAAGCUUUUGGAAUGUGUUGGACCUUUACUUAACAUUGUGUUUCCUGUCACAUUUUACUAAAAGAGUCAAUAAACCAACAAGACACACUGACAACAUUUGCAAGCAUUUAGCUUCUGCUAAUUUCCCACCCUGACACCCCUCGGAAAAUAUAUUUACUAAUUUCCUGAAAAUGAAGGACACUGCACCCAAAGAAACAGUGUAAAUAUCAAUGUUAAAUCCUGAUAUGCAUGUUCCUAAAAUAUUUAGGGCAAAGUGGGGACAUUGAGGUUGGUGGUCGGCAC